AAAAUAUCUUAUCUGUAUACAUGACCUAGCUGCCCAUUUAUAUCAUCUUCUUCCCAAUCGGCGCACAAAAUUUCUCCUAAGGAAACAACUAAAUAACAUCUCAAAAAUAACAUAAAAAAAAAUAAAAUAGUGAGAAAUUGAAGGGAAAAAAAUGUGGUGCGUACAGUAUCAUUCACCUUGUCUUGUCGGCUUGAGUGCUCCGACAGAGAAAAACCACAGACAUGGGAGGAACCAAGUGUUCUUGCCCUCAUCAAGCUCCGUGGCUGAACUUCAAUGGCGAAGAACUUCUUCUUUGGCCACUGUCGGGUUGAAAGCGAGUGUGGUGCCUCCUUCAGAGUCUGGUGACAUCACUGGCUUUCUUCAGAUAAGCGGAGGAAUGAUACUCUUGUAUUGGAUAGCGAAUUUCGUGGUACCAGAUCUAAUUUACAAGUCGCUCCAGGUUGACGAAGCCGAUGAAGAGCAGGACUCAACUGACUAGUUAUUGUUGGAAUUUUUUGGGUUUGGUUCAGAUUGGAAUUAUUCGGUUUAAAAGGAAUGAAACAGAAUCAAAUUCCGUUCCAUUUGAAUUCUCUCUCUCUGUUUUCAGUUGGAAUUAAAUUUAAUUUGAAUUAGACUUGAACA